AUGCCAAGGCAAUGUCGUGAUCGAAAAUGUAUUGCAAAUAAAGAAAAGUUGACCGUUCAUAAAUACAAGAACAAAGAGAAAGAUCCGACACCGUCUUCAACGCCUUAUCGAAAUUCUCUGAGCAUUUCUACUGCAUCACAAAAUAGAAAACAGGAAUGUGCAGAACCAAAGCGCUCGAAAGAUGACUCGGAAAGUUCGAAACCUAAGAAAUGUCGUGUCUCGCAAUCGACUUCUGGAAGUUCAAUUUUAACACGUUUACGACAAAAAUUACACAUCAAAAGCACGAACACGUUUGAACGAAUUUCCGGCAGUUCCCAGAAUUAUAUACAGCAAAUAUGUACCUGUCGCAAAAAUGAGCGUCACAAUCCUCGGAGUGGAAGUUCGCAUGGACACGCGAAUUCACAGAACGUGUCUACGGAGAGCAGAAAGAGGAGGAAAAGAUCACGUCGCCGAUAUAAAAAGACUUCGAAGAGAGAAAGUGAUCAACUGAGACAUGACUGUUUCACGACGCUUUGUAUCUGUGUGCGAGGUCGUAAUUCGAAUGAGCUAAGAGCUUGUAACUGCAUGUCGUCUCGUGAGAUUCUUUCGAGUGAUCACGAAUGUUGCUGCGUUCAAACUAGACGAAGAAAAAAGACGAAUCGAUUGGCACCUAAAACUAUAUUAAAAAAUGACAUUCAAACGGGCAGACACACAUCAUCGGUCAUUGAACAGAAACCUCGGCUUAAACAUCCGAAUGAAUUAUCUGAAGAACGCAAUGUAAUUAUUAAAGAAUUGGACACCAUUUGUAAAGAAAUUAACAGAUUUGGUGCACGCACAAUUAGACUUUUCAAAUCUAAAAAUUAA